GUCCGCGAAGGAAUCGUCCAGUCAGUGCAGCAGCAGUGUCGUGUCGUGUCAAAGAUUUUCUCGUCGGCCAAGAGGCAGGAAGUGCUCCGGAGUGUGCUGUUCCGUGGAACUCUGUAAGGGAGGAAAGAAAAAAAAAAAGUUGAUUCGUGGAAGCGAUUUGUCGUCUGCCUCGUUACGGAUCCAAGAGUGCCGUGUGGUCUGCCCCGCCGGAAAGUGUAGCCAAGUUUUGUUUUUUCUCGCGUAAGGAGAAAGUAGCCGCAGCAGAACCAUGGAUGAGGAGUACGACGCCAUUGUCCUCGGCACUGGGCUGAAGGAGUGCAUCCUCAGCGGAAUGUUGUCCGUGUCGGGCAAGAAGGUGCUCCAUAUCGACCGCAAUAAGUACUACGGCGGCGAGUCCGCUUCGAUUACGCCCCUCGAGGAUCUGUUCUCGCGGUUUGGCGUCGAGCUGCCCGAGGGCAAGUAUGGCCGCGGCCGGGACUGGAACGUCGACCUCAUACCCAAGUUCCUGAUGGCCAACGGGCUGCUGGUCAAGCUGCUGAUCCACACGGGCGUGACCCGUUAUCUCGAGUUCAAGUCCGUCGAGGGCAGCUACGUCUACAAGGGGGGCAAGAUCUCGAAGGUUCCCGUCGACCAGAAGGAGGCCCUCGCGUCCGACCUGAUGGGCAUGUUCGAGAAGCGCCGCUUCCGCAACUUCCUCAUCUACGCGCAGGACUUUAUCCAGGACGACCCGAAGACCUGGAAGGACUUUGACCCGACCAGCAAGACCAUGCAGGAGCUGUACGACAAGUUCGGGCUGGACAAGAAUACUCAGGACUUUACGGGGCACGCGCUCGCCCUGUACCGCGACGACGACUACCUGGCGGAACCGGCCGUCAAGACCAUCAACCGGAUCAAGCUGUACUCGGACUCGCUGGCCCGUUACGGCAAGUCGCCGUACCUGUACCCGAUGUACGGCCUGGGCGAGCUGCCCCAGGGCUUCGCGCGGCUGUCCGCCAUCUACGGCGGCACGUACAUGCUGGACAAGCCGAUCGACGAGAUCGUGUACGACGGCAGCGGCAAGGUCGUGGGGGUGCGCUCCGGCGAGGAAGUGGCCAAGUGUAAACAGGUCUACUGCGAUCCCACCUACGUGCCGGAAAAGGUCCGCAUCAAGGGCAAGGUCAUCCGGUGCAUCUGUCUGCUGGACCACCCGGUCGCCAACACCAAGGACGCCCUCUCGACGCAGAUCAUCAUUCCCCAGAAGCAGGUCGGGCGCCGGUCCGACAUCUACGUGUCGCUGAUCAGCUCGACGCACCAGGUGUCGGCCAAGGGCUGGUUCAUCGGUAUGGUGUCGACCACGGUCGAGUCGGACAACCCGGAGGCGGAGAUCAAGCCGGGCCUGGACCUGCUCGCGCCGAUCGCGCAAAAGUUCGUGUGCGUGUCGGACUACUACGAGCCGACCGACAACGGGCUCGGCUCGCAGGUGUUCAUCUCCGAGUCGUACGACGCCACCACGCACUUUGAGACCACCUGUCUGGACGUGCUCGACAUCUUCAAGCGCGGCACCGGCGAGGACUUUGACUUUUCCAAGAUCAAGCAGGAGCUCGGCGAUGAGGAGCAGUAAGAGGCAGGGAGGGAAGGUCAAGUCGCGGAACGAGCGCAGUGUGAUGAGAGAUGUGGGGUAGGGAGAGAAGCAUGAUGAUGAAAGACAGAUCGCCACACUCUUCCUUGCAGCGAGAAAGUGGAGGGAAAAAAGUUUAAACAAGAAGAGAGGACAGCAGCACGACUACUCUCGACAGAUUAUUAAUUACGAUUAAUAUAUGGAAAAAAGAAAAUCUGCAUCUGAUACAUUAUUAAUAUUUACUGCUAUUUUUAGUAUCAAUAAAAAUUUACUUUAAAAACAGCAACCAUUAUUGUAUAACAGACAAACCAAGCUAUUGUAAGGUAUUUUCCAACAAACAAAAACUGCAAAUGAAGCAUGAAUCGAGACAAACAAAACAAAUUGAGAACAUCGAAGUAUCACCUGGAAUCAAGCGAGUUCACAUACCACAGACAUGGGUACAAUCAUUUUCCCCCAACUUCAGUAUAUCUUAUCGAAAUGGUAUUUUUUGCUUGCUUUUGUUUUAAUUAAUCGCCGCUGAAAUAAAAUCAAGCACACACACUCAUAUUCACGGUACUACUUACAGCCACAAUCACACACACACAAACACACUUAUUUCAGGUUCAUGUUUUUCACGAAACAUUCUCACGAUCACUAGAAGUUCGACAAUUUUGCUUGACGAAUCGAGGAGAGGAAACAUCAUCAUCUGUGAACGCGACUAACAGCAGCAGCAGCACUCACACACAAACUGUACGAGGUUUUACGGGAAACGGUAAAAGGCUCGAUUAUAAUGUGCGAAAAAAAAAGCAGAAAGAAAUAGAAUAAUCAAAUUUAUCCACGUAUGUAAUGCACUGGAAAGCAAAAAAAAAAAAGAAAUUAUAAUAACAUUUAUUAUUAAGAAGAUAAAAGAAGCUGCAUGCGAUGGAAAAUAAAUCCGGCAAUGUUUUUGUUUUGGCUUUUUAGAAAAGAGAAAAAAAGAUCACCCCUGUGUAAUUUUGUGUUUAUUUUUUUUAUUAAAUGUUUCUCUUGUGUUUACAACCUGCUUGUUUUUUACUUAUACACCAAAAUAUACCCAUGGUUUAUGCUUUGUUUUGCGCAAGAAUCAGCAAAUAAACUAAUCAUCUAGUGACAAAAAAUAUGUAUCUACGUACUGCAAAAAAGAUGUGAAAGAAUUACCUAAAAGAAGAAAAAAAAACUAUAAAAUUAAGUAAGGCUGUUCAAUUUAGCGUAAAAUGCAGAAAACAAAAGAAUGAAAGUAAAAAAAAAACAUUUAAAAAAUAAGAGAUGAGCAUUCCUGUUUCAAGAAAGAGAAGGUAAAACAACACUGCGAAAAGAAAAGAGAACAAAACUCAUAAAAAAAUCGAGCGCAUUUUUUGAUCAAUCAAAUUAAACAUUGCUUCACCAACCAAAAAAAGAAGAAUCUGGUAUCCUCACAGUGGCGAGUGUUUGUGAAUCCUUCCCACUCCGUCGACAUCUUUUUUGUGUCGUUCCUCAUUUUUUUGGUGCUGCCGUUGCUUAGAAUUGCAGCAUUAUGUAGAACUUCCCGAAGAAAAGCGCGUUUUCAAGUCACGCUACGAGUCCUGCUUCAAAUGCGCAAAACACGUGGAAAAAAAAUGUUAACGCUGUGUAGUAACUAAUUCCGGGUUCUGGCUUAGCGCAACAAUGGUUGCAGCAAAAGAACAAAAAUGUGGACACGAAACAUUGUAACGGAAAAUUUGGGAGGUCAAUAAAGGAAUUUUCAUCAUCAAAUGCGAA